AUGGCAUCCGGGUGCUUGGAGCGCGUUUUGAAAUAUUCAAAGGAAACUUACCAAGAUGGCGGUCACCAUGGUUGGAUUGCUGUAUUGGGUUUAUUUACGUGUUGUGUAGCAUGGAUUGGUAUGCUCAAAGGCCUAGGUAUGAUGUUACCUACACUACAAGAACAGUUCGUCACUUCAACUUGGUUAAUUGGCUGGAUGGUUGCUUUUGUAGAGGCAGGUGCAGCAAUCUCGGGUAUCCUAGCAACGGCACUUAAGGAGAGAUUUGGCGCCAAGACUGUGGUGACAGUGAGUGGAUUACUUGCUGGUAUCCUAGCAACGGCACUUAAGGAGAGAUUUGGCGCCAAGACUGUGGUGACAGUGAGUGGAUUAGUUGCUGGUAUCUCCAUGAUAACUGCGUCAUCCCUAUCCAGUUUAUUUGCAAUCACCUUCACCCUUACCCUGUUUUCUUUAACAUUUGCUCUUUCCGAACAGGUGUCUACGCCACUAAAGGAGAGAUUUGGAGCCAAGACUGUGGUGACAGUGAGUGGAUUACUUGCUGGUAUCCUAGCAACGGCACUUAAGGAGAGAUUUGGCGCCAAGACUGUGGUGACAGUGAGUGGAUUACUUGCUGGUAUCUCCGUGAUAACUGCGUCAUUCCUAUCCAGUUUAUUCGCCAUUACACUCAUCUUGACUGUUACAGGGUCAGCUAUUGGCAUCAGUUACAUCAUAACAAAACAUCUGGUUGGAAGUCACUUCACCAAAUCACUCGCAACAGCCUAUGGCUUGGGGUCAAUGGGUACAUCAUUGUUCUUCGUGGGUCUUGUGCCAUUGAUACAACUCUUCCUAGAUGUCUACGGCUGGAGGGGAACAAUGCUACUUCUUGGAGCAUUAUUAUUACAUCUCGCUGUAUGUGGAGCUCUGAUGAAACCACCUGCAGCUAGUAGGAGUCAAGAUGGCUAUGAGGCAGCUCUCACAGACGAGGAGCAAGAGACCGGGGAGGACAAAAUGGCACCAGGCAACCGUUUUGGCUGUUCUUGUUUGACCUCACCCUACUCAUGUGCUAGAGAAACAUUCCAGCUUGGUUUAUUCUCAUCCAUAUCAUUCUGGUGUAUUGUAAUCGUAUCCACCGUUCGGAGAAUAACAUACUGUGCUUGGUUAGUCUACUAUGUUCAGUAUACUACUGUGUUUAAGGGUUUCACACUGGAAGAUGCGUCUCAUUUCAUCAUUGCUUUUGGGGUCGGAAGAGCAUUUGCUUGCAUCGUGAUCGCUCCGACAGUUCAGCAAGUGCAAGUUGUCAGCAAUUACCUCUGGCUUGUUAUAAGUCUACUUCUAGAAACCACUUAUUAUGCUAUCGAUCCUUGGUUGACGUCUGACUGGCCGAUUACUGGGAAUGCUUUCCUGUUUGGAAUUGCGUUCGCAUUGACUUCCAUACUCCUAGAUGUUGUCACUGCGAAGAUAUUUGGCAAAAAACAGCUGGGCAAUGCAUUGGGAUGGACGGGAUUCCUGGCUGGUUUGUCCUUAGUCCUUCUUCUAUAUUUCCCAGGAUUGAUUUACGACUUAACUGGAGACUACACCGUGGCAUUCAUUAUAAUGGCUGGUUUACAAACACUAGCGGUUGCUGCUGCAAUUUUGUUACACUGGAGGCAUAAAUGA